AUGGCUUCAUUUGUGAUCACUGCCAUAAUAACCAUCUUGGUCGUAGUCAUAACUUUUUUAUUAAAUUCAUAUGUCAAACUUUUUAAAAUAAUUUUUAAAAAACCUGCCAAGCGGAAAGGCGCUGUUGAAGUUGAUACAACAGAACAUAUUUAUGCUCAUCCAGACUGUACUGAUAACUUAAAAGAUUACAACUCAAUUGGUGUCCAAACAUUAUACGAUGUUCUUCUACAUGGCUUAGAUGCUGGAAAAGAUCGGCCACUAUUUUCAUUUAGAAAAUCAUCGGAAGAACCAUUUAGUUCGUAUACAUACAAAGAAGUGUUCCAAAUAAUGAAAGAAACUGGUAGUGGCAUAUCUAGUCUUGGUCUUAAAGCAUCCAAUGACACUUAUAUUGGUAUAUAUGGUUCGGCAUCUGUUAGUUAUGCCUUAGCUCUAUAUUCUUGUUGGCCAUUUUCCAUGGUUCCAAUUGGCAUAUAUGAUUCACUUGGUCAAGACGGUGUUCGAUAUAUCAUAAAACAUGCCGAAGUUAAAUUAAUAUUUGCUGACGACAUCACGCGUGUAAAAAAUUUAGUUGAAUGGAAAGAUGACACUUUAGCAUUAAAAAUAAUAAUUACGUUUGUUGAACCAACACCAGAUUUAUUGAAAGCAGCUGCAGACAAAAAUCUUGAACUUAUAACAUAUGAUAGUUUAAGAGAAAUGGGUCGAAAUAAUUUAGUUGAUUUUGCACCACCAAAAAUCCAUGAUAUUGCUUUAAUUAUGUAUACAAGUGGAAGCACAGGAGAACCCAAAGGUUGUAUUAUUACACAUGAAAAUUUUAUUACUGCUAUGUUUGGUUGUGGUACAGCUAUUGAUUUGGACUCAUUAGCAGUGAAUGAAGUACCUCGCGCAAUGAAUUUCUUACCAAUGGCACAUAUGUUUGGCUGUGGAACAGUUCUUGCAAUCACUUAUUUAGGUGGAGAAGUUGGAUUUUGGCAAGGCAAAGUUGAUAAAUUACUAGAUGAUUUUCGUGAUUUUCGGCCGACCUUACUUUCAAUAGUGCCACGUUUACUUAAUAGAUUAUAUGAUAAAGUACGAUCUGAAAUUCUUAAGAAAGGUGUACCCGGUCGAAUUUUAUUUCGAUUGGCUAUUCAUGGAAAAUUAGCAUUAAUAAGACGUGGAGAUUUUUCACAAGAUACAAUAUGGGACAAACUUCUAUUUGAAAAAGUUCGGCAACAAUUUGGCGGUCAAGUUCGACGCGUUGUAUCGUCAAGUGCACCACUUUCAGCUGAAGUUUGUCAAUUUGCUCGUGCAGCAUUCUCUUGUUUUCUUAUUGAAGCAUACGGACAAACAGAAUGCGUUAUCGGUUGUUGGCAAACAUUACACGAUAUGAAGUCAGGUGAAACAGGCAUUCCAACGGUGUUCAAUCAUGUUAAAUUAGUUGAUGUGCCAGAAAAAGAUUAUUAUGCUAAAGAUGGUGUUGGAGAAAUAUGUAUAAGAAGUCGAGCUGUGUUUAGUGGCUAUUUAAAAGAUGCAGAUAAAACACGUGAAGUUAUUGAUGAGAAAGGUUGGCUACAUACAGGUGAUAUUGGACGAUGGACUCCAUGGAAGACGUUGAAAAUUGUUGAUCGAAAAAAAAACAUGUAUAAGUUGAGUCAAGGUGAAUAUGUUGCGCCCGAAAAAAUUGAAGACGCAUAUUCCCGCAGUCAAUUCGUAUCUCAGGUAUUUGUUUAUGGUGAUUCAUAUAAAAAUUUUCCUGUUGCUAUUGUCGUCUUAAAUGAUGAUUUCAUUAAAAGAUGGAUAACAAAAGAUGAAAAGAAUGCUCAAUUUAACACUGAAGCAAAAUUAAAAGAACAUGUACUUAAUGAUAUGUUACGCGAAGGAAAAAAACGUGGUUUAAUGUCGUUUGAACAAGUUAAAGCUAUUGAAUUGAUAAAAGAACCAUUUACAAUUGAAAAUGGACUUUUAACGCCUACAUUUAAAUCAAGACGUUUUGCCGUCGAAAAAAAAUACAAAGACUUCUUCAUUAAAUUGUAUCAACAAAUUGAUACAUAA